AUGUCUGGCGCUCUUGUACCUACAGGCGGUGGAAAUUUCCAGCAGUCGGGUCAACUUGACUGGGUGUCUCUGUCCAAAUCUACAAUCACGUUCGGGUUUGACGUACUGGUACGACUCUCCAAAGCGGAACUCAACCCGGCUACAGUAAUCAUUGGCCGCAUAGCCUGUAAUCGAUUUGUGAUUAAGGCCGAAGCCCAGAAAAGGAUCUAUGAUGCUCUGUCUAGUUUGAAAUCCUUUUCGUCUUACGGGAAACUCGUCUGGUUCGGGUUUGGAAUAAAGUCGACAAUAAAGGAUCUUGCUGAUACUGAGCAUGGAAUGGCAUGUGUCGCUUUGUGUGCAUGCAUGUCCAUUUCGUAUGACUCCUUUUAUGUCGCUGAAGUUCUUCGAGAAUUUUGCAAAUACCUGGCAACUCCUCCAGACCUUGUUCCAUCAGUCCAUCAGUGGAAAGUGCUGGUUGGUAUGUGUGCAGGGUCGGUAUCAAAUUCCAAGUUUCCCACCCUUCUUGAAGGGUUGAUACGCCUCGUACACUCUCGGGCUGAGCUAUCAUUCCAACGACCCACGUCUAGAGAGGCUCUGGCAAAAGCGAUUAGAGCUCUAGCUGAUGUGUCGAAUGGUAAAUUGGCAAAUAUUACGAUUGCUGGCGGACUCGACUGCAUGUGGCUGGCUGCUAUUUCAGAAUGGUUAUUAGCAUUGGAUGUCGAGAUUCGUCUCGGUUUAGGCGAUACGGUGUAUAGAUCAUCAACGCACGGCCAUCGCUGCUCAUCUGCGGUCACAAUUAUCUUCAUCUCGGACAAUGAACCCUCAAUUCAAUUGACUAAAUGUUACGUUGUUCCGAAAGGUCUUAAGUUUAUCAGGGAUCCUGAGCCAGACCAACCCAGCUUCAAAGGAGGUCGCUCAGAAUGGGCGAAAAUACUUUCAGACACCUUUGGUCGCCAUCUGGAUAGUUUACUUAAAGGAACUAUGCAGCAUAGUUUCGCUUUCCUCUUGUUCAAUGCAUCUCGCCUCGCUGAAGGGUGUUACCGUUAUGGGCCGAUGCAGCGCAGUACACAGCUUGAUUCCGCUGAGCACAGCUUUCCAUUCCGUCGAUUCAACUUCAGCCAUUCACUCGCUAGAGGUCAGGCCUUUCUAGAUUUCGCAUCUAAACAAGUCCCAGAACUUGCUGCGAUUAUAAAUACGCUUGACCAAGCCGGGAUGCGGAAUUACACAAAUGCAAUUUGGGAGGAGUCUAUUGACAGGAUUACCCUAGAAUCUGUCUUAGCAGUUUUUUCUGGGUCAAAAAGCAGUUGGGCCAGCGUUGAGAAAGAACCUUCUGCUCUUUCUUAUGACGGUAUCUGCGUUUAUUUCAAGGCACUUGAGGACCUUAAUCUAUCACCGGAAGAAGCAUCAAUUGUUAGAGUUGUUGCUGGUCUUAUUGAUUUUGAAGGGGUGAAGUACGAGAGAAUAAAUGAUCUCGUAGCUGACGCUGGAAUCUCCGAGGGCGACUACGGACCACACGUCUCUUACAACCUUCUCGUGCAAGAGGCUCCACAGCAUGGAGAAGGUCACGAUGAAGUGGUGGAAAUACUUCUCACAAGAGGGGCUGAACUCGAUCCAAGAGAUAAGAAUGGCCAGACACCCUUAUCAAGGGCCGCCGGGAACGGAUUCAAGACUACGGUGAAACUCAUGAUCGAAUGCAGCGCUCAAUUGGACUCAAAGGACAACUCUGGGCAGACCCCGCUAGCAUUGGCGGCCACUCUGAAUCAUAUCGCGGUUGUGGACCGGCUAAUCCAAGAGAAGGCCGACGUCAAUGCAGCAGCAGCAGCAGAGGGAGGAAGAACAGCACUGCAAGCAGCAGCAGAAGGAGGCCAUCUCGCAGUCGUCGAGCGGCUAAUCCAAGAGAAGGCCGACGUCAAUGCAGCAGCAGCAGCAUGGGAAGGGAGAACAGCACUGCAAGCAGCAGCAGGAGCAGGCCAGCUCACAGUCGUCAAGCGGCUAAUCCAAGAGAAGGCCGACGUCAAUGCAGCAGCAGCAAAAUAUGGAGGAGGAAGAACAGCACUGCAAGCAGCGGCAGGAGCAGGCCAGCUCACAGUCGUCAAGCGGCUAAUCCAAGAGAAGGCCGACGUUAAUGCAGCAGCAGCAGAGGGAGGUAGAACAGCACUGCAAGCAGCAGCAGAAGGAGGCCAUCUCGUAGUCGUCAAGCGGCUAAUCCAAGAGAAGGCCAACGUCAAUGCAGCAGCAGCAGGAUAUGGAGGAAGAACAGCACUGCAAGCAGCAGCAGAAGGAGGCCAUCUCGCAAUCGUUGAGCGGCUCAAGAGAAGGCCGAUGUUUAAUGUAGUAGGAAGGGAAUGUGGAGCACUGUAA